CCAGAAUCCUCCGCGUCUGUCAGGGAGAAGGUGACAGCGGACGGUGAAAAUGGCCGCUUACCUUACUCACCAGCAGAAAGUCCUGCGGCUUUACAAGAAAUCUCUGCGACACCUGGAGUCCUGGUGCAUCUUCAGAGACAAAUACCGGUUCUACGCCUGCAUGCUGCGGGCUCGCUUCGAUGAGAACAAGAAUGAGAAAGACAUGGUGAAGGCCACCAUGAUGCUGAAGGCAGGAGAGGAGGAGUUCUGGGCCAACCAGCAUCCUCAGCCCUACAUCUUCCCCGACUCGCCUGGAGGGACCUCGUACGAGAGAUACGAGUGCUACAAGGUCCCGGAGUGGCUGCUGGACCACUGGCACCCCUCUGAGAAGGCCAUGUAUCCUGAUUACUUUUCUAAGAGAGAGCAGUGGAAGAAGCUGAGGAUGCAGAGCUGGGACAAAGAGGUGGCCCAGCUGCAGGCAGAGAGCUCCUCUGGAAGCGUCAAAACCGAAGCUCUUCCUCCAGCCCGUCAGGAGGGCGACCUCCCCCCUCUAUGGUGGCAGUUUGUCACCCGUCCCAGGGAGCGUCCCACAUAAACGGCCCCUCCCCCGUCCAUCCUCGGGGAGAUCUCCCAGCUGUCUGACCGCUCAGUGAAGAACCGUCGGCGUUAUGAGAAUGUUUGAGUACAGUGGUGUUUAGCAUCAUCACGUGUCAAGAGCUUCACACGUACCGUUAGCAUGACGCAGAAAACGGCAAGGCUGAAAUCACCGGGAGUGGGUUUGAUGUCCAGAAAUAUUGUACAGGUUUGACUCAAUAACUGUUCCAAUAAAUCACUAUAUGACUAAAAAA